UGUCGCGGUGCAGUUUUCCAGUUGUGAUUUUCUUAGCGAAGAAAAGUCGUUAUAUAAAUUAUUGAAACUUGGGUCGUAGAGAUUUGUAAAGGUGCUACGGCGCAGCAGGUACGCCAUGUCCGUGUGCAAAACAGUCCCGGAUGAGAAUCAUGAGGGAGAAGCCCGACUAGCAGUGGCGAACUCGGUGCAGUUGCGUACUCAGCCUGCGAUCGAUCGAACGUCCCACACCGACAGCAGCUCAUCACCAGUCCCGCUGUCCCCGGAAAGCGAUUGUGUGGAGGAAUUUCAGGGCAGUGUGUCUGCGCAGUCGCACCGAGGGUCUGCUGAAAGAAUGGACAUUAAGUCGCCCGACGAGAAACUGUUGCAGAAAUCUUGUCCAGAGAGCAGUCUUGUGAAGCAGGACCCUCCGCAGCAGACUACUGCGCAAGAGAAGCCAGCAGCGCAACAACGGCCGCGACGGGAUUUCGCGCAGAUUAUCGCCAGACACUCGGCAGAGGCGGCGCAGCAAUUCUGCGCGGCGCUGCAGCGUCCCGACUACCAGACGACGCAGCUGCCUAUCAGCAUCCCCGACAAGAUCCUCGUUCGCCACUCGCCAGCAACGGGCAUUCACCACGUGCUGGUCAUGGGCACUGUCGAUUUUUCCAUGGACCCGCUGCCGUGUCCGUUCGCCGCGCAGGAGACGCCCUGCCGGGGCUUCUUCGCGACGGCCCCGCUCUUCCUCAAGGCGCACCUGCAGGCCAAGCACGACCUGCCGAACGUCCUGCUCAACUUCGUCUGUCCAUGCCCGGCCAAGCGCAACGCCGGCCAGACCUGCACCGAGGUCUGCUACGACCCCGGCGACAUGCACGUGGCGGCGCACCUGCGCAGGUAUCACGCCAAAUACUACGCCACCAUGUGCGCCGCCUUGGAGCCGGCCGACGCCGACGAAGAUCCCGGACUAACACAGAAGCGUCUCAACUACCGACUGCGCUCCCGCCGCAUCUACUUCCCCGUGUGGGCCUACACCGUGGGCAUGCUCUUCCCCAGCCAGAUCAUUCCCGACAAGAUCGUCAUUCCCACCCAAAUCCAGAAGGAGGAAAUCCAGUACCUCUGCAACGUGGAUCCGUGCCGCAACGAAGCGAUCGGCGUGGGCGGACCGCGACCGGCCUUUAGCUUACACGUGCACAUGUGGACCGAGCACGAGAAGCGCUUCGAGGCCGACACCACCUUCUUCCACGAAUGCCCGGAGUGCAAGGCGCUCAUUUCUGCCAGCAAUGAACAGCUGGAGUCGCACGUCAAGGCCCUGCAUCCGCAGCUGCUGGGACUGUCCGCCGACUACUCGGAGACAGCCAAACAGAACCUGAAGAAACUGGAGGAGCAGAUUGCGCCCGACUGCAUCGGCGGCGCCCUCACCAACGGUCUGCAAGCGAGCGACGGCGGCGACGGGACCGCGGCACUGUUCAUGCGGCGCUACACCUGUCCCGUGGAGACGUGCGACACCGUGUUCAUGGGCUACAAGGGCAGUGAGCGGGAGUACAUGCUGUGGCACGUCCGGGCCGAGCACCGGGACCUCUGGAAUGCGCCGGCCAUAGAGGCCGCAGCGUCUCCUGCGCUACCAUCGUCGACGCUGUCAGCUGGCAGUGUUGCUGUCCACCAAGGCCACGUGUUUCCGCAAUGAUGCUCAGUGGUGCUGCCUCAGCCCUGUUUCCGGCCCAGCGACUCCUUCCCCUCGCGGAUCUAGGCAUCUGACCCAGCAUGUUCUGUUCGAUAUUUGCGCUCCUGUAAUCUGUCAAUUGACAGUAGUUUUUUAUUUACGGCAGAAAUUCGAGUAAAUAAACAGGCAGUUGAUACGCGGCCCUUCUCGGCGCGUUCUGUCUGCUUAGAGUUCACUGGCGGCCGGCGUCUGCCGGUUCUUUUGCAUUUCCGGUUGUUUCUUGCCGAUGCCGAAGUAACUGUUUUUGUACUGAUGUUGAGGAAUGCGCCUGCUAGCACUGGUUGCAUACAAGUCACUAGAACGUAUAGUCACUAGAGUAGUGUCAAUUUUCUCUUGUAUUAUCCAGCGGA